AUGAGUCAGGAACAACAUCGACCCCAGCAGGGUGACCAGCUGGAACCGAUCAAGUACGGCGACGUGUUCAACGUCUCCGGUGAGUUGGCGUCGAAACCUGUCGCCCCACGCGACGCCGCCACCAUGCAGGCUGCCGAAAACCUAGUCCUCGGAGAAACUCAGAGAGGCGGCCCGGCAGCAGUCAUGCAGUCGGCAGCUACAUACAACGAGCGAGCUGGUCUAGUCGGCCAUCGUGACGCCACCGAUGCCACUAGUGAGGAUGGUGUUACCGUGUCGGAAUCAAUCAAUCUCGAUGGUAACAAAGUUAUCACCGAAAGAGUUGCUGGGCAGGUUGUGGGACAAUAUGUGGAGCCACCGCCUGGGGCAUCUCCGGCAGCAGUAGUUCUUGAACACGAUGCAAUCACAAUUGGCGAGGCAUUCGAGGCAACUGCUCUCUCUGCCGGUGACAAGUCGGUCGACCAAAGUGACGCAGCUGCCAUUCAAGCUGCAGAGAUGAGAGCCACCGGGUGUAGUGAGAUAUCUCCGGGAGGUUUGGCGGCUAUAGCUCAGUAUGCAGUGUCUGCUAACACAAGGGAGGCCGAGAAGACUAAGCUGGCUGAUGUUUUAGAGGAUGCCACUCAGAAGAUGGGUUGUGACAAACCGGUGACUCGUGAGGAUGCGAAGGCCAUUAUAGGAGCAGAGAUAAGGAACAACCCUAAUAUGAGCACUACUCCUGGUGGAAUUGCUGAAUCAAUGGCUGCUGCAGCUAGGCUUAACCAGAACUUAUAUUGA